AUGGAUUUUCAACAGCAAGAGUCUCAACAACCAUCAUCCGUAUCUGGUAUGUCUCUUGAAGAAAUGAUUGAAUUACUAGCUGCUAAUAUAUAUCGAUUUCAACAGGAGACACAAGCGAUGGCGGAACAAGUGCAACUAUUGACAUCCGAGAUGGCAGAUCAAGUGCAUCUAUUGGCGUCCAGGAUAACGCAAUUAACUUCUUACGUGAGUGAAGAAUUGCCCUCACAGACCGUCGUCGACGUUAAGAAAGAUGAGAGUGCAAUUAUUCUGACAAGUGACAUGGAAUUGCAAGAGUUUCAAGAAAAUGGAUCUAAAGAUGCAGAUGAAAAGGAUGUUGAAGUGCAAGAAAUGGGGCCUCAACAUCAACUCGUUCAAGUGAAUGAACCCACGCACCUGUCUGGUUCGAUAUUGGUUCAAUUUUCGUCGAUUUCUCUAGAUCCUGUUGGGCCUCUCCCUCCACCCCCGGACUCUAGACAAAAUAGGGCCAUAAUUGUAGCCAACAACCAAAACAACACUGUUGAUCUGAAUGCGCUUCUUGCCUUCAAAGCCGCCAUUUUCGAUCCCCAAAGGAUCAUCCCAACCAACUGGUCCACAUCUACCUCUGUUUGCAACUGGAUUGGAAUCACUUGUAAUGCUCGUCAUCACAGAGUCGCAGCCAUUGACCUUUCUUACAUGGGAAUUGCGGGAACGAUACCUCCAGAACUGGGAAAUCUUUCUUUUCUCGUCAGGUUGAAUGUUAUGAAUAACAGCUUUCAUGGACAUCUUCCAACCGAGCUAUCUCGUCUGCUCCGAUUGAAGUACAUCAACUUGGAAGGUAAUGCCUUUGAGGGAGAACUUCCGUCAUGGUUGGGAGCUUUAACUGCACUCCGAUACUUAUCCUUCCGAGAUAACGGAUUUUCAGGUUCAUUAUCAGGCAGGCUCUCUAAUUUCACAAAGUUAGAGACCAUCAGUUUGGGUUUCAACUUUUUUACUGGAAAUCUUUCUGAAGAAUUCAGCGCUCUACCGAAAUUGACAGUUUUGGACAUUCAAUUUAACCAACUUGUAGGCCCUCUGCCACUGGCUCUGUUUAACCUCUCCUCAUUGCAAGUUAUUGGUUUUACCAAUAAUAGCUUAUCGGGUUCCCUCCAAGCACAUAUCUGCAAUUAUCUCCCACAACUUAAAGGGCUUUACUUAUCACUUAAUAACUUUGAAGGCGAAAUUCCAUCAGGCAUCGGAGAAUGCUCAAGACUUCAAGUUUUAUCCUUGUCUCACAACAAAUUCCGAGGAUAUAUACCAAAGGAAAUUUGGAAUCUAACCACGCUUACACAAUUAUAUUUGGGUGGGAACGACCUGACAGGUGAAAUUCCAAAAAUCAUUGGCAAUCUCUAUAAUUUGGAGAUACUAAGCAUGGAGCGUGCUAAUAUUACAGGUAUAAUACCUCAAGAGAUUGGUAAUCUUAGCAAGUUGGAACUACUAAUCUUGGAGUCGAAUAGGUUAAGAGGUCCCAUCCCAUUGAAACUUUUCAAUAGUUCAACUACACGACUUAUUUCUCUCGCGGAGAAUGAUUUGUCAGGCAAGCUUCCAUCAACUAUAGGUGCUUUCUUACCCAAUCUUGAGGGACUCUACCUUGGGGGAAAUGAAUUCACUGGAACUAUACUAACAUCUAUCUCAAAUGCUUCUAGGCUCAGAAUGCUAGACCUUGGUGUGAACCAUUUUACUGGCGCAAUUCCUCGUUCUCUUGGAAACUUGAGAUUACUGGAACAGUUUGUUAUAUCGCAAAAUGAUUUUUCUGAGGACUCGCUAUCCACAGAGUUGAGCUUCAUCAUAUCCCUAUCAAACUGCAAACAUUUAAGAAGGUUGUGGAUAAAUGAGAAUCCUCUUAAUGGCUUCCUCCCAAAGUCUAUUGGAAAUCUUUCUAGCUCACUCGAAUUCAUUGAUGCCACUCGUUGUGGAAUCAGAAGUGAAAUUCCAAGUUCGAUUGGUAAUUUGAGCAACUUGAUAGGGCUGAACUUUGCAACCAAUAGCUUGACAGGAGUAAUUCCAACUACAAUCAAAUGGUUGUUGAAGCUUCAGAUGAUAGAUCUAACUGACAACCAGAUACAAGGAGCUAUUCCAAGUGAGCUUUGUUAUUUGUUGAACUUAGAAGGAUUAUAUCUGGCAAAAAAUAAGCUUUCUGGUGUGGUGCCCUCUGGUUUAGGAAAUGUUACAACACUCAGAUAUGUUUAUCUCAAUUCUAACAAUUUAAGUUCUAGAGAUAUUUUGGGGAUGGACAUGUCUGAAAAUUGUUUGACAGGUCCUUUGCCUGCGGAAAUUGGAAACUUGAAGGCAUUAGUCUAUUUGAACCUUUCAAAUAAUCAAUACUUGGGUGGGAUACCUAGCACUGUUGGAACACUACAGGAUUUGCAAGAACUCGCCUUGGAACAUAACAAGCUACAAGGAUUGAUACCAGAUUCCAUGAAGAAUAUGCUGCAGUUACAGCAUUUGGAUCUAUCUUUUAACAAUCUGGAAGGUGAAAUUCCCAACUCAUUACACGUACUAUCAAAUCUCCAAUACUUUAAUGUGUCUUACAACAGAUUGAGAGGACCGAUUCCUCAUGGAGGACCAUUCACAAAUUUCACGAACCUAUCUUUUCUCUCAAAUGAAGCAUUGUGUGGUGCUCCUUGGCGCCAACCUUGUACAAGUACAUUUCAACAUGAAUCAGGGACAAAAAGGAUAGUCAUGAUUGUUCUGUUGGCAUUAGGUUCUGUCAUAUUAGCCUUGGUGAUUUCAAUUUUUUUGAUGCGGUCAAAGUUGAGAAAGAAAACUCUAGCUCCGACUCAGAACUUGCUUCUCAUGGCGAUAUUUGAAAGGGCAUCCUUCCAUGAACUUAGAAAAAUAACAAAUGGAUUCAGCGAGAGCAACUUACUUGGCUCUGGGAGCUUUGGUUCAGUUUACAAGGGAAUUCGUGAAAAUGGGAUGGUUUGGGCCAUAGAGGUAUUUGAUUUGCAGCUAGAAGGUGCAUUUAAAAGCUUUGACAGAGAAUGUGAAGUCUUAAGCUGCCUUGUCAUCGAAAUUUAA